AUGCGGCUGGCUUCCGCUUGGGCAAUCCUGGCGGCCGCGCUGCCCUCUAUCGUCCAAUCCUCCCGAUUGACACCUCCCGUGCUUCCUCUGAUCGUCCGAAAUCCCUAUUUGAGCACCUGGCUAGCCAAUGCCAGAGAUUUACCGUGGGAGAAAUGGCCCAUCUUUUGGACUGGUCAAGAAAUUGGCUUCUCCGUCCUGGCGAGCGUUCCGGAUCAAAGGACGGCAUACCCACUGCUGGGACGACCUCACGACUCUCUAAAGAAGGAUGAUGAGAACUACACGGUUGCGUUUCCCAUAUAUCGUGGUGCGCAGUACGAUGCCUCGACGACCAACCUAUCCUAUUCCAUUCCUCUACCAUCCUCAUACUCCCCUUCAAGCCGACUUGACAUUACUCUCUCCUUCUUAUCUCCUAUAACACCGACCUCUACCGUCAGGCAAUCUGUCCCUGCAAGUUAUAUCACCGUCUACGUUUCAGGCAAUGUCCCGGUGGAUAUUUACAUGGACUUGAACGGCCAAUGGGUCAGUGGUAAUCGAGGAAGCCAGAUCGCCUGGGGUCUUAGUCACACAGCUCUGGAAGGUAUAAGCUACGGAUUCAAGACAUGGCAAGUUAAGAGAGACAUUGAGCAGCUCUUUACCGAAUUCCAGGACCGGGCUGAAUGGGGUACAUUGCACUUUUCAGCUCCGACCAACGUUCGACAUGAAGCUGGUACAUCAGCUCUGCUGAGACAGCGAUUCUCCAGGACCGGCACUUUGCAAAACUCGAUCGACCACCGAUUCCGUUCGAUUAUGGACGAGGAACCGGUUUUCGCCUUCUCAAAAUCCUUCGCUUUGAACACCACGACGGGUUCCAUGCAACACGAUAGUGUCACCUUCACGGUGGCUCAUAUUCAAGACCCCGUUGUGCAGUUUGCUUCUGCUCGGGGGUUGACUUUUAUGCGACCACUUUGGGAAUCAUAUUUUCUGACCGUUGAGAGGCUGCUCACCUUCCACUAUCUUGAUUUUGUGCAUGCGAAGGAACUGGCAGCCAGCUAUUCGGCGCAACUCGCAGUCGAUGCCUAUAAGUCCGGUGCGGACGACUAUGUAGACAUCGUGGCCCUCUCUGCUCGACAGGUCCUUGGAGCUACAAGUUUCUCCGGCACGCCCGACAACCCAAUCCUCUUCUUGAAGGAGAUCUCUUCGAACGGCAAUUUCCAAACCAUUGAUGUUAUCUUUCCCGCAUUCCCAUUCUUUCUCUACACUAAUCCGAGAUGGUUGGGAUACCUGCUCGAACCUUUGAUCGAACACAUGCUGAGCGGACAAUAUCCGAACAAAUACGCCAUGCAUGACCUCGGUGCUCAUUUUCCCAAUGCGACCGGCCAUCCGCUCGGACGAGAUGAAUAUAUGCCAGUGGAGGAAUGUGGGAACAUCCUUAUCAUGGGCCUGGCAUUGGCAAACGCAGUCAAGGAUGGUGCAAAAACUCCUGUCGCAACCACGUGGCAACCAAUGGGCGGAGUUCCAGCACCAAAGCCAUCCGGAGAUGGCCUUGCUCCUCUCAUGGUGGGCGAUCAGGAUGGGCGACCCUAUAUUGACGAUGCCUGGGUCGGUCACCCACAAAGCCUGAAGCAAGCCAAGAAAUGGGUAAGCAGGAGCUAUCGGUUGUGGAAACAGUGGACUAGCUAUCUCGUGGAAUUUUCCCUGAUGCCUCACAACCAAUUGUCAACGGACGAUUUCGCAGGAUGGCUGGCACUUCAAACAAACCUCGCUCUGAAAGGCAUCAUUGGCAUCAAAGCCAUGGCGGGACUUGCUGAGUUCACCGAGCAUUACGGCGAUGUGAAAAUCUACAACAAUAUAUCCAAGGUCUAUAUCGCAAAAUGGGAAGAGUAUGGCAUUUCUCGUGACAAAACACAUGCCAAAGUGGCCUACAAUUGGUAUGGAUCUUGGACGACUACAUACAACCUCUAUGCCGACAGCUUGUUAUGCUUCCACCUGGGUUCAGACAACGCCACUGCCGGUUUUACCAGUAUUGGGGGCCGGUACGAAUACCAGAAACCGCUUAAGGACAUCAAAGGCGACCAAGAUGGAUUCGUUCCGAAACAUAUCUACCAAAUGCAAAGUGAUUGGUACUACGCCGUUCGACAGAAAUAUGGAGUACCGCUGGACUCGAGGCACCUGUACACGAAGACGGAUUGGGAAUUCUUUGCGAUGGCUGUAGCAGCGCCCAAGGUGCGAGCAGAGAUUCUGCAAUCGGUGGCCAAAUGGGUAAACGAAACCAUCACAGAUCGGCCUCUUACAGAUUUGCAUAUGACUGAAGGCGGUGGAGGAUUUCCCGGCCCCAAUUUCUUUGCACGACCCGUUAUUGGUGGGCAUUUUGCAUUUUUGACGCUGGGCCAAGCGUGCAAUGGCAAGGCUAUGGAUGGCUUGAAGUUUUUGAAUGAUAGCGUCACGAAGAGGAUGGAUGUGCAGGGUAUCCUGAAUACUGAACGAGAAGAAGCUGAAUGGGCUUCUAUGGAACUAUAA